UAUAUGUUUCAUGUUUUUACAGAUAUAUAUUCUUUGAAGCCAUAUUUUGUGUUAGUAUGUACGAUUAUACAAACAACAAACAGCGUCCAUUUACAUCGAUUGUUGAGCAAAGUGAAUCUAAAUUACUGAAUAGUACGUUGGUGAUGUACACCGUUUAUUAGCACGUACUGUGAUAAUUGUUAAUGUUUAUAAUUGCACGCGUAUAAUAUAUUUGUUUUAAUAUAAUAUAGAUACUACAUACUUUUAGAGAGUAGUUAUAACGUUUUAAUAUUGCGAAGUUUUUUUUAUUGAUCGUGUAAUAAACCUCGUGAAUAUAAUUAUUAUUUAAUUAGUACUUAUAUUGAAGUAGAUUUAUUUUUUUGUAAAUGUGUAGUUAUAAUCGUGAUCAAGCAAAUCGUUUACAAUCGCUUAAUAUUGACAAAGUAUUGAAAACCUAUCCGUAUUACAUCAAAAUAUCCAUCAAUUAAAUAGCUGACACCAUUUGAUUAAAAUCUAGAUAGGGUAUCUGCAUAGUUACGAUUUUAUUAUUUUGCUUAUCCAAUACUAUCGAUAUGGAAGCGUGUAUGGCCGUUGGACGUGAGGUUGACAGAGUAUUGGCGAAAUUUGGGAAUAUACGUCAAAGUUACAGUGAUGUAUAUCAAGAACUUAUUGACGAUAUUGAGGCCUUGAAAAAUAAUUUACAUCCUAAUGAUGCAAAUGAAAGUAAGUUUUUAAUUAUAACGACCGACUUAAUAUUGGUGUGGUCUAUAGAAUUUAUAUCAAAAGUAUUUAAAUACGUAGAAUAAGUACUGGUAAGUGGUAACUCUUUAAUAUUUAGUUUUCAGGGGUCUUCAAAUAUUUACAAAGUUCAUAUACCUAGUUUUUAAUUAAUCGUUAUUCAUCAAUAUCAUUCAUCAACCUAGUUAAAUUUAAAUGUUUUAAAAAAAAUUAUAAGAAUCAAAAUUAACACAAACUUGGUAGGUAUAAACUAUAAACACAAAACUUAGUAGGUAGAUAUACAAUAAAUUUGUAUAAUUUUUGAACAACUCUUUUAUACAUUUUGCUAUAUUAUUUGAGAAUUAGGCUUAUAUAAUGGUAAACUUUUUAAGUACCUAGCUCUCACAUCAUUUGUGUUAUGUUAUAUUUUUAAUUUGUUUUUGACUUAUAUGUGUUGAAAAUUAUUGUGUAUAUAUGAUAUCUAAAUUACGUAUAGGUGUAUUUUAUUUUUAUGCUUUGGGAAACCUUGAUUAUUGAGGAUCAUACCUGUAUUCUGGAUUUAUAAUGACCAUACCAUUUUUCACAUUUUCCGUUAUAAGUAGGUUAAAUGUAACUCUAAUAUUUAUUUACAGAUAUUUAAAACCUAUUUUAUUGCACUAAAUUACUGCUUAGAGAUAUUAAUUAUACCUAAUAAUAGGUUAGUGGUGACUAUCUCCAAAAAUACAACAGGUGCUUACCUAAAAAGUACUAGUACUCCCAAUAUUUUGGUUAACCCAAAAUAAUCAUUUCAUAAAUAACAUUUUUUUAAUCAGACACUACUGCCAUAAUUUAUUCAAUAAUUCAAAUAUAGCUUUAUACAAUGAAAGUAAGCUGACCCACUGGAUUCCCAAGGGAAUCCCUUAUCAAUACAGCAACGAAUAAUUAUAAUAUUGGGUCUUUUAACAAGAAGUGUCAUUUUAUACGAUGAAACAUAGCAAGAAAAUCAGUUAAGAAAAAAUUCCCGAAAUGUCCGUUUCUAUGAAGUAUUGCCUAUAAUCCUUGUUAUUAUAAUAUUCUAUGCUAGGUUGAGCCGUUUUAUACUCAUAUGCCCAUUGUUCUGACAAUUUUAUUUUUAUCAAGUAGGUAACAAUAAUGUACACUGUUAACACUAACAGUCAUCAGUUGUAAUAAUUGAAAAAAUUUGGUUAAAAUAUACAAAAUAGGUCAAAUGAUAUAAAAUUAUAAAAAUGUAUUUAUAAACAUUGUGACUCUUGGUAUUAUGUAUUGAAAAUAACAUUGUUGGCACUGAGCUUUAAAUCCAAGUCUGUUAAAAAAGCAAGUAUCUUAUGAUCUUCUGAGUUGAUACUGGAGUCUGGAAAUCUGGGAGACCUAAUGGCUACCAUCCAUCUACUCCAAUUAUGAAAGGAGUGCUUGAUGUAUCACCUUUAUAGAUACAUGAUAGCCACCAUAAGUAGAUGUAAUAUUGAUAGGAAUAAAUCUAGUUUACCAUGCUACACACAAAUUGAGAUUUUUACUAUUUCACUUAGUGCAAUAUACAUUAAAAGGUAACUUGAUAGAGGAUAGAGAACACAAAAUACAGAAACAAUACAAUUUAGAAAAAAAUUAAUAAAAUAUGGGUCCUUAUUAACAAAACACAUAAAUCUAGCUUGUAGAAUUGUAUAGUUGUAAAUUUAGAGCUGGAAGAAGGGGAAUUUUUUAAAAAAAUAUUAUUGUAGUAGGUAUUUACCUACUUUACUAAUUAUAUAGACUAUCUAACAAUUGGAAAACAAUUUAAAAAUUCAAUGAUAAAGCUUCUUUAUGUGCUUUAAAAUCUGAAAAUCCCAAAUUUCUAGUUCCGAUUGCACUAUUGUACUUGUUGUAAUUCAUUGAUUUAUAAACUAUAUUUAAGCUAAAUAGUAUAUUAAAAAACUAAUGUAUUAAUUUCCGUAUUAUUAAAGUUAAAAUAUCAUUUAGACUAAUAUUUAAUACAAAUUAUCAAUAUUUUUUAUUUUUUAGAUAGAAAGGUAUUAUCUGUCUUAAAAGGAAAAUUUGAUAAAACUAAAGAAGCAACACAAAGAUUGGCUAUUGAACAUAGAGAACUGCAUAGUGCUGUAUCAAAAGUAGGAAAAGCAAUUGAUAAGGUUUGUAGUUUUUAAAUUAUUAUAGUUUACCUAAAUUGUAUAUUUGAUUAAUUCAGUUUUCUUAAAUGUUAGAAAUAGACCACUUAUAAAUGCGAAAAUAUUAUAAUUACAUAUAAUUUAUAGUAGAAUAUAUUUUUUUUAGAAUUUUGUACCAGAUUUUUCUACAACUUGCGAGAAAGACAUUUUUGAAAAUCCUGAUAAUUGUGAAAUGCUUAAUAAAAUUAUUUGUCAGCAUUUUUAUAGAGAAGGCAUGUUUGAUAUUGGUGAUACAUUUCUGGAGGUUUGUUAGUUAAAAAUAAGUGAUAAAUUUAAAUGAACUAUAAUAAUAUUGUUUUAUAGGAAUCUGGAAUAACAAUGGAACCUGGCAUAAGAGAAUCAUUUUUUACGUUAAACCACAUCAAAGAAUCAUUAAAAAAAAAGGAUAUUUACCCUGCUUUAGAAUGGGCUAAAGAAAACAGGGUCCAUUUGGAUAAUCAGGCAAAUAUUUAAAAAAUUAUGCUUUAUUCCAGCGAUUCUCAACCUGUGUACACGUACCAUUAGUGGUACGCAAAGACAUUUUUUUGAUAAGUGAAAAAAAAAUUAUUAUAAUUAUAAUGCAGUUUUUUAAUCCAUAAAUAUUAAUUAAAAUAAUAACUAUACAUAUUUAUUUUUACUUUUGUGUAUAAUUACACAUUUUAUUUUUGAUAAGUAAAAAAAAAAAGGUUGAGUAAUUCUAUCAAGUGAUACAUGAAAAAUGUCAAAAUGUGUUGAUGGUAUGUGUAUAUGAAAAGGUAGAGAACUGCUUUAUUCCAAUUAAGAAUGCCCAAAUUAAAAACCAUAUUUUCCUACCUUACCAUUUGUAUUUGAUUGCAGACAAUAAACCAUUUUAUUGGUACCAAAAGUGAACCCUGUGUUUUCUUUGUUUGUAAUUUGAGUGUUCUUAAUUUCAAUAGAGUUUAGCUAAAUAUACUUAAUUUUAAAUUUUACUAGUGAUGAGUUGAACUGAAAUAUAUAUAUAUAUAUAUAUAUAUAUCUCCAUAUUCCAUGUACUAUUUGUUAGCAGUGUUUCAUGCUAUUUAAACAAUAAAUGUGUUCUAUAUAAAUAUUUAUAUAUUGUGUUUUCACUGAACCAUAAAUAAAAAUCUACAUCUAGAAGAUUGUAAACCUAGAAAAAGAAUCUAAGUUGUGAUACUGAAAUAUAGUUUUGGUGGUAUAUACAAGUGAAAUAUGGAAUCAAAUCACAUAAUCCAACUUAUUUGCUGGAAAACAGCUUAUAGAACCAAUGGCCUAUUUAAGGUGGAAGAUAUAUCUUCCUCCUUGACAUUUUUUUUGAGGAGUUAUAAUAAUAAUAUUUUUAUGUUAAUGUUAGAGCAGAUGAAUUUUAAAAAACUUACAAAAAAUAUAUAAAUUUAAAAUAAGAUAUCUUUUUGUUUAGCCUAGGUGUCAAAAUUGUGUUGCACCUAUACCUCUAUACACUAGGCUGUUUUGAAUUUUCACUUUUUUUUUUCUGAAUUAAAAUUGGAAAUUGCUUCCUGUGAUCUCAAGCUUAACAAAAAAAAUAUUUAGAACUUGCUCAUCACAUUUGUAGUUUUUCUAUAAAUAACAGGAAACUAAUGAUACUUUCAAUUAAAUCACAUUUAUUCAUUAAGUUUAAAAAUUACAAGGUCAUAUGUAGUUUUUUCUUAAAGAUCACAAAAAAAUAUAUAAGAUUCAUUUGAAAUCAAGUGAAUUUUUACUGUUAUAAAAAUAUCUCAUUCAUCUAAAUCUAUAAAAAUUGAGUUUUAUAACUGUUUUAUUCACAUAAAGUUGUAUAACUCUGACACUUUUUGACCAAAAACAAAUAAGGUUAAUUUGUGUAAGUUACCUAACAGUUUUAAGAUAAUUGCUUUGGUUUCUUCCUUUAUUAUUUUUAUAAAUAUUUAGAGAUGCUUUCAAUUUUAAGUUCUUUCGAUUAUUUAUUUUGCCUUUUGAAUAGUUAUUUAUUUUUUUUUAUCAAAAGUGGAGGUUUUUUUUUUAAUUUUCAUUCCGUAGCCUAUGCAGCUGAUUUAUAACCAAGGAUCAAUAGCAAGGUCUUUUUAUAACUGAGAAAAUAAACCUAAUUUGAACAUUUUUGGUCAAAAAGUGGCCGAACUAUACAACUUGAUAUGAUUAAAAACGUUAUAAAACUCAAUUUUUGUAGAUUUCUAGAAUAAGCUAAUCUUAUAACAGUAAAAUUUCAUUUGAUUUCGUAUUAAUCGUAUGUAUAUUUUUUGUGUUCUUUAAGAAAAAAAUUAUGUAUGACCUCACCUCAUAAUUUUUGAACUUGAUGAGUAAAUGUCAUUUAAAUGAAAAACUAAAUUUGUGAUGAGCAAGUUCUAAAAAUUUUUUUAGUUGAGUUUUAGACCACAAGGAAGCAAUUUCCAGUCUUUAAUUCGAAAAAAAAGUUAAAAUUCUAAACAACCUACUAUACACAUUAGUUAUACAAUCCAUACAACAGAUUAUUUCUAAAUUCAAUAACUCCCUUCCUUGUUAAAAUCCUAAAUACUCAACUGUAUAGAACAAUCUUCAUUCAUACACUAAGUGCUCUGAUUUAAAAAAAAUGUUUGUGUAUGAUUAGGAUACUCAAAUUAUGCAAAGAUAGCUUAAAACCUUGACAUGUAAUUCCACAAAUACUAACAUGCAUUUUUUUAUACACGAAUUUUUAAAAAAAAAAUAAUAAUAUUUACUAUCAAUUUUUAUCUUCAGGCUCAUUUGCUUACUUAUGGAAAUCCUCUUUUAUCCACUUAAUUUUUAAAGUGGUGAUCGCUCAAACAUUAUGAAUAUAGACUUAUUAGCAUUAUGUCUUCCAUUCUAAAACUAUUUGAGUCUAUCUUACCACUUAAACUAAAUUUCUCUUUUUCUAGACAUAGUACUGGAACAAUUUGGCUUUCACCCACUUACAUCAACAACUUCAAAUUUAGUUUCUCAUUAAUGCAUAUUUAAUAAAUGUUGUGAAAAGUUAUUAAGUAGAUGCAAUAAUACUGAUAUUAGUAAAGCAUUUAAUACAAUUAAUCAGUCAGUAUUGAUCCCUAAAUUGGAUUUGAUAGGUGUUAGCAUUCACGUUCUUAACUGGUUCAGUUCAUAUUUAUCAUUUAGGACAAGUAAGAUUAAAUGAUUAUGUUUUGGAAAAUAUUUCAGUUCUUUCAGAUAGUCAUAUCUCGUCACUUUUGUUUAUUUUGUAGGUGAUGUUGGCUUGAUUUUUUAACAUGCAAAUGUUAGCUUAUAUUUGAAUGAUUUAAAAUUAUUCUAUAUCAUUAACACACUGAGUGAUGGUUUGAAAUUACAGGAUGACUUUGAUAACUUUCGUGUUUGGUGUCUUUGGAAUGGUUUACAACUUAACAUUAAUAAAUGUAACUCAAUUUCUUUCACAUAAAGUCUCCUUCUUUAUUUAUUUUUUUGGUGAUAACCUUUUACCUAGAGUUAAUUCCAUUAGAAGAGACCUUGGAGUUAUUAAUUCUAGUUCACUUUUGUUUACAACACACUUACAACCAAUGGCUUUGUCAUUAGAAAUACUCGAGACUUAAAAAAUAUCUUGUCUUUAAAAACACUCUAUUUGUUCUGGUUCAGUCUCUAUUAGAAUAUGGUUUUGCUUUAUGGAACCCAUAUAAAUUCUGUUGAAUAAAUAAAAUUGAGAAAGUUCACAACAAAUUUCUAAGGUAUAUUAAUAUUAAAAUCUAUAUCUAUAUUUAUACUAAUACUAAUAAUAUUAUAAAGCUGAAGAGUUUUUUUAGUUGUGUUAUUUAGUAAUCUCAGGAACUACCAGUUCGAAUCGAAAAAUUAUUUUUGUGUUUGAUAGUCCAUUUAUUGAUAAAGGCUAUAUAACAUCAUGUGAGCAAUAAAAGCAGAGAAUUAAAGAAAAAAUUAUUCCUUUUCGUAUUCUUAUUACAUUAUUAUUUUUAUUAUCGAUGAGUUUGGUGUAGAUAUAUACAAGUACCUGUAAUAACCUAGGUUUAUUUACACACAAUAGUAUCAUGAAUGACAAGUUUGUUGUCCACACUCACUUGGCAUGUAACUGUUGCAACUGUCUCUCUUGCUGUGAGUGAGAUUAUGAUAGUUUGUAUGGAGAAUCAAUAAUUUAUUGUAAAAAGAUAAAAUUCAUCAUAAUUAUACUUUUGGUAUGAAAUGGAGAAUGUUUCUGCAUUUUUGACCAAGUUAAUUUGGAAGAUCUCUAGAGACAUAGCUUGAUAACACAAUAAAACACUUUCUACUUAUUUGUUAACAUUCAAUAAGGAAUAAUCAAAAAAAAAUAUAGCUAAAAAAAAACAGCUAGGUACCUAAUAACUAUAUGCUCGGUAACCAGAAUAUUUAUGAACCCCUUAGGAAAUUAGCAAGUAUCAGUUCCUCAAGUUCAAGUACCUAUUAAGAUGUUGUUUUCAUUUACAAAAUUGUACGUGGUUCAAUUAUGGACAUUUAUAUUUGUAGUCUAAUCAAUAUUUCAGUUCCUUCUUUUAGUUCUAGAAACUUGUCCCUUUCAUUUAUCUAAACAUAGAAUACUAGUGUUUGCCAUGUGUAGUAGCUAUUUAAAGAAUAUUGAUAUAUUUCAUUCCUCUCAAGGUGCGAUAUGAUUCAAUCUUUCCAAUUAUUAUUACUUUAUAAUUUGUUUGUGUAUUUUUGUGACCUAAUGCAUUCAUUAGGUCUGUACUUUGAAUACUUAUGUGUAAAUAUUAUAUAUGCAUAUUUUUCUUUUUAAUGUAUUUUAUACCUAUUUCCUACUAAUUUAGAACAAUAUAAGAAAAAAUUUGUGUGAAUUUGUACUUUAUAACUUUGGGUGAAUUGUAUUUCAGUAAAUCAAAUUAUAAUUUAAAACUUAAGUUCAAUAAAGUUUAAAGUUUUAUAUAAAUAUAUAUAUAUAUUAAGUAUUAUGGUUUCUUUUAUUACAUGUAUACAUAUUAUAUAAUUUGACGAUAUUUCAUUAAAAUAUAAAUAAUCAUAUUUAUGUGAGAUUUAAAUUGUCAUAUUUUCUUUGAGUGGGAUUUGUCUAUUUUCAAAUUUAAUAAUACUGAUUUAUUUAAUAUUUGCUUCUUAGUUUUAUGACUUACAUUACUGAAUAUGUGUAAUAUAUUCUGAUUAUUAUUUCUAUUACAGCUGUAUCCACCAAACCCUCUUAUUAAAAGAAUUUCAUCUGCAUCAAAUAUACCUAUUAGAACUCCAUAUCAUGUAAAACGAUCAAAAUUUUCUGGUUGCAUAAUAAAACCAAGACCCAAAACAAAAAAAAUCAAACGUUUGGAAUUGGCAAAAAAAAUAUUACUAAAAUUUUAUAAGGUAAGUUAAAAGAAAAUAUAACUAUUAAUUACUACCAAUAAAUACAAUAAUUACAUUUUAAAUUACUAAAAUAUUCAAUUUGUAUACACAUACUAAUGUAUUAAGAUAACAACAAAAUUUAAAAUUUAACUUUUCCAGUUACCACACUGUACCUUUAAUGGCUAUAGAAAUAAAAUUAGAUCAACUGUAUCUAUUAUCUUAUAAUCAAUUAUGCAAUUAUAUAAAAAUAUUUAAAUUUAUUAUUUUUAUCUCAUAAAGUUUUUAAAAAUAUCAUUAUAGACUUCUUCUCUUGAGUUUAAACUUGUCCAAAUUGGAUUUCUAACCAUUAUUCAACAAGGGGUUGAUCACCAGAUUGAAGCAGUCCAAUAUGCUCGAACCCAUUUUGGCCAAUAUAUGGACAAACAUGAAAAAGGUAAUCAAUUAAAAUUACUUUGCAUACCUAAAAAAUAACAUAUUAAUAUUUUAUUUUUAUAUAUAGAAAUUCAAUCUAUGAUGGGUAUGCUAUUAUAUAUUCCUCAAGGAAUUGAGAAUUCUCCAUACGCUGGUGUGAACCUUAAAAAUAUGUGGGAUGAAGUAUAUGAAUUAUUUACAAGAGAUGCUUGCACACUCCUUGGUUUAAGUUAUGACAGUUUCUUGACUGUCAGGUAAUAUUAAAAAUAAUUUAACAAAAAGUAAUUUCGGGUUGUACAUAUUCUGUCCCGAAAGUUUCUGAAAUGAAGUGAUAGAUAAAAGAACAAAUUUGGGAUUAUGAAAUUGUUCAGUCUGAAUAUGUGAAAUUCGUUUGAGAAGCUUAUUUAAAAUAUACUGACAUAUUUCUUGUGUAUAACCUCUGGAUUAUUUAAAAACAGAAUCAACAUGGUCAUCACUUUCAUUUUUUUGGAAGAGCAUAGUUAUAUUUCUAAUAUUUUUUUGGCUGAUACCAAUUUUAAAUUAAAAUAUAAUAGCCACACAUAAUUGUUUAAUGCAAAUCAUUUUUAAGAAUCACAAGUAACCAAAGUAUCUGUGAUACUAUUCCCUGUUCCCUAGCCAAUAAGAACCCAUCCACUGAAUUGUGGAAGUUAGUAGCCCUAAUAGCUAUGUCUAUUUACUCUAUGAUUGUUAUAAGUUUUUAAAAAUUUAGAAUUAAAGAAUUGAAUUUAGAAAUAUUAUAAAGUAAUAUAAUAGAUACUUCCUGAACAUAUUUUAAUGUUUGUGUCUGUUCUACCGCUAUUUUUUUCUUUUAUUUCUAUAUGCUAUUAUUUUUUUUAUGGGCACUUUGAUAAAUAAUAUUAUUAUACAUUUUUUUAUAGAUAGAAUAUUGAUAUACUUAAACAAACAAACAACAUUAGUUAAAUUAUUCACAUUUUUUCUUUAUAUUUAUGCACAUUAUUAAUAGUUAUUAGUAAUACAUUUUAAAAAAUAAAUGAAUAUUACUUAAAUUCAGAAUUCCGAAGACAAUUGUCAUUAACACAGAUUGUACUUUGGACAACAUUUCAUCUAUAAUGAAAUCAAUAUCAUAGAAUUUUUCUUCCUCUGCUUUAGUGCUUUUUAGGAAAUUUGUCAUCUCAUUCAAUACCUUCAAUCAAUUAGGUUUUCACAUCACAAAAGUUUAUAUGUAGUGUUGUUCAUCAUUAUAUGAUUUUUCGGUAUGACAACUCAUUUCAUAUAACGAAUGUAGUGAGCUACUGCCAGAAUAGAUAGAUUGACUCAUGGGUACGCAUACCCAAGUUUUAAUCAAUUAUCACCAACUGCUGGCAUUCUUAAUUCGAACAGUGUAUAGUAUAUGGCAGGAUGACCAAACUUUUUUCUAGAGAUUGACUAAGGAUAUAUUUUUCCUUUGAAGAUCAACUUCUGAACAAAAAUGUAUAAUUAUAAAUUACCUAAUAGGUGUUAACAAUUAAUAUACAUAUACAAAAUAAAACUAAAAUAUGUAUUUAAAUAAUGUUUUUCAUUGCACUAAUAUAAGUAAUAUUAUUGUAAAUACAAUUGUUUGUUAAAAUAAAUGGAUAAUAUGCCAAUAAUGGUAUUACUUGAUAAAUUUACAACAAAAUUAAUAUGUUAAGAUAAAAAUGAUCAGUAAUUUUUAUUUAUCUACUAAUUACAUAAAAAUAAAUUUUGAUAAAAUGGAGGUCGACAUUUAAAUCAUCUAUGAUCUACUGGUCAAUUCAGAUCCUAGUAUAGGGCGACCAUUAAAAUAUGGGACAAUUAAAAAAAUAAAAUAAAUAUGCGUAGUAUAAAGGUUUUUAUUAUUUAAGUAUAAAUAAUUUAUAUAUGUAUACACAAAAACAAUUUUAUUUUGAUGAUGAUGUUGGUUAACUUCUUCAUCUGUUAGUUUUGUGUGCUUUUGUAAUGAACUAAUUUAACUAAUAAAUAAUUUAUUAUCUUUUAAUAAAAUAUUUUAAACCUUAUACAAAAAUAGUUUUAAAAAUGUGUUUUCAUAAUAAUCAUUGCUUAUUUAUAAUAUAUAUGUACUUCUAUAAAACAAACAAAAAAAAAACAUUGCAAAAUAGAGAUUUUAUUCAAUAAUGUAAUAAAUAUAUUAAAUAAAUUUCAAAAGUUAUACAUUAUUAAUUAACACUAAAGACAAAUGAGAUUAAUACAGGACGGAUUGGCAAAAUUAGACAAGAAGUAUCCCAAUAGUUUUCAAUGGAAUACAGAGUUGAAAUACAGAACAACUCCAAAUAAUAUGGUUUACCUAUACUAGUGUACUACUAAUACUAAUCCUAAAACUUGGGCAAACUAAGGUCUGCCUAUGCUGGCAUAUAUAUAUAUAAUCUUAAAAUUUUGUAAGACAGGUGAUCGGCCACUAAAAUAAUGCAACUCAUUUGAGUAUUCAAAUGAACGAGCUUUGUGAUUUUGUAGUCAAAUUCUCCCACUCACUCAGGAAUUGCGCAAACAAGAUGAGUUUUGAUCCCUGCUCAGUUGCAUUCUCUUGGUAGCUAGAGUAAAGUGCAUGAUAAUAUUAGUUCCCAAAUUUUUUUAAAGGUAGUGUACUUGUACUGCAUCAAUGAAUUCAUUUCUAAGACUUUCAGGAAAAACUAUGUAUAACAGAUAGCAAUACAAUAAUAUUAUAUACAAAUUAAUAAUUAAGACAUUUUUUUUUCAGCAUAAAUGCUGGUUGUAUGGCCAUACCGGCUUUAUUGGAUAUUCGUCAUGUAAUGAUACAACGGAAAGUUAAUGGAAUUUGGAAUGAAAAAGAUGAACUACCUGUAUAUUUAUUUAUGUUUACUUUAAUUUUCAAAUAUUAAUUUAAUGAUCUGACUUUUAGGUUGAAAUUGAUUUAAGCUUGGAACAUAGAUAUCAUUCAAUGUUUGCAUGUCCUAUUUUAAAGCAACAAAGUUCAGAACAAAAUCCUCCUAUGAGACUUAUUUGUGGUCAUAUUAUAUCCAAGGAUGCUGUUCAUAAGUUGGGCACUGCUUCAAAUAAGUAUGAUAAAUUGUAUUAGUUUUAAAUUAACUGUUUGCUAACAAUUGUAUAUUUUUUAGGUUAAAAUGUCCAUAUUGUCCAAUAGAACAAAGUUCAUCUGAUGUUAAGCAAAUUUGCUUUUAAUAUAUUUUGACAUUAGUUAUAAUAAUUUUAAACCAUCAAGUAUUAUAUUAUAGAUUUUAUGGCAUUACACAGGUAUAUAAAACAAAUAGAUAGCUAAAUUAGUUUUAUCAAUAAAUCACAGCUACUAUUUGUCUAAUUUACAUAAAACUUGUUUUUAUCUUUCUAAUUAAACUAAACUGCUAUCUAUGUAUAUUCUGUCAUCUUUGAAAUGGUAAAAGUGCUUCAAAGCUAGGUUAUGAUAUUAGCUAUCUAGUUGUUUUAUAUAUUAUCUGUACCUUAUACUAAUAGAUGAAAUAUAUUAGUCCAUGGAUAACCAUGGAUGAACAGUUCAGGCUAGUAAAUUGUGUGGUAUACAAUGGUAUACCACACCCAGACUGUAAUUAUAAAAUACUUUUAAAUUUUGCUAUGUAUUGUUAAUAGUAACUGUUGCUAGGUAAUUGCCAAUUGGUAUAUUCCAUGUUAUUAUAAAGUAAUCAAAUGAUUUUUAAAAUUGAAACAUAAUUAAUGAAAUUCCAGAUUAAGUAAAGUUUACUUAUUUAUUGAAUUUGUUAUAAUUUAAAGUUUAAAUUAAUAUUAUGCAGUGGCUUCACCAUCUACCCACCCACUUAUACGUAUAUGUUCGUCUAUUAUUAUAAGGACUAAUAUAAAUUAAUUUUAAUAUUUCUAGUUUAAUUUAAUAUGUGUUUUAGAUGUAUUUUUAUGCAGAUAUUACUUUAUUUAUUAAUUAUUAAUUAUGUAAUCUAUAUUAGUUUUAAUUUAAUUGUGUGUGUAUUGAGUACAUAUCAAGAUGGUUUUUUGAAUUAUAAUUUCCAGAAAAAGUAAAAAUACCAAAAUUAAAAUUCAUUUAUAACAUACUAAAAUUCUUCAAAAAUCAUUGUAACUGUACAUAAUUAAGAAGUGGCAUCCAUCUAACUUCCAUCCGGAAUCAUAAAAUACCAACCAUGUAUUCAUUAAAUUAUUAAUUAUACACAUACAAAAAUUAAAAUGUAAUAUUAUACUUUAAUACUGUAUACAUUACUAUUUUAAUGUUUUUUGAUUAUAGUUUAUAGGAUGGUUUAAAAUUUAUUAUAUACAUUUAUA